GAAUUUUCAGCUGAAAACAAUAAAGGCGCUAAGCGACAAAAAAACCAUAACACUAUUUGUGUGUGAAAAAGAAUAAAAUAAAUACAAAGAUUAAAAAAUAAUUUUUUAAAGUAAAAAAGUACAAAAAAUGCCUGCCAUUGACAAAGUUUCAACGGAAAAACAUGAAGGUGAUAUUGUCUGCAUUGCCUCCUAUGGAGAUCAGAUUUUCACCGGAGGUGCCGAUGGUAAAAUUAAAAUUUGGGAUAAAGAUUUAAAUCUUGUGAAGAGUGUCGAUGCCCACGAAUCGUACAUCUACGCCCUGGCCGUUAACAGCAAGGGUAAAUUGUAUUCCAGUUCCUGUGAUGGCUGUGUCAAAUUUAUGCAGCCACCCUAUGACAAGGUUGAAGAACUCCUUCGCUGUGAUGAUGUUAUCCAGUCGAUGUACUGUGAAGGAGAUGUCCUUUUCACGGGCGAUGACAAAGGUGUGGUGUCGAAUUGGGAAAAUGACAAAAUGAUUUUCAAAUAUAAUCUUGUGGAGGAGGUUAAAUCACUGGCGGCGGAGAAGGGUUGGAUUUAUACGGUGCGUGAUUUGGAUAUGGUUAUAUCGGAAAUUGUUCAAGGCAAGUCGGGAAAAUAUGUUACGAAGGCGGUGUUGCCGGGAAAAUCUCCUCUAUGUCUUGUAACGUCCACAGACGAUGGUAGACACAAAUAUAUUGCUGUGGCCGAUCGUACCGGUAAGGGUUUCUUCAUUGCCAGCAACUCGAUGGCGGAUAGAUUUAAAGUGCUAAUCGAACAACAGGACUGCCAUGAAAUGAUCAUCAAUGCAAUUUGCACCGAUGACACCCAUUUGUAUACGGGCGGCUAUGACAACAAAGUCAAAGGUUGGUCGGAUUUGAGCCAGGGCAAACUUAAGGCCUUGGGUGAAGUGGAUACGGGUAGCUGUGUUAAUGCCUUGUGUUGUUGUGCCAACAAUAAAGCCGUUUACAUUGCCUGCAGUGAUGGUUUGGUACGCCGGGCCAACUUUCUUUAGACCGACGACAUCUUGAUCUUUGCCAUGAAUUUAGAAUAGGAAUAAAAUUAAAUUAUCAUAGUUGAGAUUUGUAAUUUUUAAGUCAUUUUUUUAGAUCACUAACAUCUUUAUUUUGCCUGUUAGUAUUCUUCAUAAGCUCAUCUUAUUUAACAAAUUUGUAAUAAUAA